AUGAAUUGGACUGAAGAGAUUAAACAACUUAAAAGAAAUAUAGAAAUAUUAAAUAAGGAGUUAAUUUUUAGGGAACAGAUUAUAGAAGGUUUGGAGGCCAAUGUAAAUAGGUUUGAAUUAAAGUGCACUAUAUGUCUUGAAUAUAUGUCAAAUCCUU